AUGGAUGCCAUACUGCCAAGAUUCGUUGCACGGGUGGUUCUCCGUGUGCGCGGUGUGCAAGAGAAAACGCUGACGACUUACUCCGCGCGCAGCAAUUUGAAGUGUCACUACAGCCAAAAAUCAAAGAUCGGAAAGCCAAGAGGCAGCUUGAACAAAAAGACAAUCGAGCGAUUGCGACAAAUGAAAGAACAACAGAGGCUCGCGCCACAGACGCCACCGUCAACGGCAGGCUCCAUGGACGUUCCUAAAGCGAUCCCACCACUUCCUGAUUGCGAUGAACAUUCUGAGUUGAAUGAUGCUGCUUCGCCAAAGGCUGGAGACCAAAUCACACGUACUCCGCCUGAAUUUAGUCUAGGCUCUCCAUCGUUUGCAGAUCUGAUAUUCUCCGAGGAAGUUUCCCAAAUGGAAAGCUGGCUACCAGAGAUGUCGGACGACUGUUUUCAAAAUGUGAGAUUGCGAUCUCAAUUUGUUGAUACAAAACUAAUGGAGAUGGGCACUAGGGCAUGA